AUGUCCAACACCAUCGUUGUCGUCGGCGCGGGCGUCUCUGGCUUGACGUCGGCAUUGCUGCUGUCCAGGAACAAGGCCAACACCGUCACCGUCGUGAGCAAGCACAUGCCCGGCGACUAUGACAUCGAAUAUGCGUCCCCGUUUGCCGGCGCCAACAUUGUCCCCAUGGCCACAAAGGAGAAUAGGAGAUGGGAGUCACGAACUUGGGCCGUCUUGAAGAAGCUGACCGAGGAGGUUCCCGAGGCCGGCAUCCAUUUCCAGAAGUGUCACAUCCAGAGACGGAAGGCGGACAUGGACGAGGCUGCGAGCUCGGGCUUCCCAGAUGCCGCCUUCGACGAGAACCCUUGGUACAAGGACCUCUUCGACGACUGGCGAGAGCAGAACCCGAGCGAGGUCAUGCGCGGCUAUGACACGGGGUGCGAGUACACGGGCGUCUGCAUCAACACGGCAAUCUACCUGCCCUGGCUGGUCGGCCAGUGCCUCAAGAACGGCGUCGUCGUCAAGCGCGCCAUCCUGUCCGACAUCCGCGAGGCCAAGCAACUCAGCCACUCGGGCAAGCCGGCCAGCAUCAUCGUCAACGCCACGGGCCUGGGCUCGCUCAAGCUGGGCGGCGUCAAGGACACGACCAUGGCGCCGGCGCGCGGGCAGGUGGUGCUGGUGCGCAACGAGAGCACGCCCAUGAUGAUCUGCUCCGGCACGCAGGCGGGCGGCGGCGAGGAGAUGUACCUCAUGCAGCGGGCGGCGGGCGGCGGCACGAUCCUGGGCGGCACGUACGACAUCGGCAACUGGGAGUCGCAGCCGGACCCCAACAUCGCGAGCCGCAUCAUGCAGCGCGUCGUCGAGGCGCGGCCCGAGAUUGCGGGCGGCAAGGGCGUCUCCGGGCUGAGCGUCAUCCGGCACGCCGUCGGACUGCGGCCAUGGCGCAAGGACGGACUGCGUCUGGAGGAGGAGCGGCUGGACGACGAGACGUGGAUUGUGCACAACUACGGCCACUCGGGCUGGGGAUAUCAGGGAUCGUAUGGCUGUGCUGAGGGUGUGGUGGAGUUGGUUGAGAAGGUCACCAAUGGCUCCAAGUCAAAGCUGUGA